AUGUCUGCAUUUAAAAAGGCCAUCACGUACUACUUCGCCAUAGUAUCGCUCUUCUCUGCAGUUUUUUUGGCACUCAUUGGUCUUCUGCUAUUGUAUGACUCCGACUCGUUGGAGUUGCACGGGAAUAAGGCUGAGAAGGUGAAGCCGUCCUUCAUUUGCGCAGGGAUCUAUUUUGGCAUACUAAUCCUGAGCAGCAUUGCACUAUUUAGAGGCAGUCGAAAAUCGAAGAAGUAUCAAAGUACCAGCUCAUAA